AAACUAUCACACAACUAAUGCCAAUCUCAUUAAACCAACACAAACUCACCCGGGCAGGGCAGAGCCGAGUCCCUGGCUGUGAGCAGCAGCAGCAGCAGGAGGAGGAGGAGGAGUGGUCAGGCUGCUGGACGGACUGAUAGUUCAGCUGUUGGGGGUUUGGAAAAGCCUCAGUCAGUUCAGCUGCUAACACAGACUGAGAGCACAGGUUAUAUAUAGAGCAGACUCUCACUCCUGUCCAGGAACAAACAGGCUGAAGGAGAAGCUGAACAUCUUGUGGCGGAAAGAAGAACAGGUUUUUAUUUAGGCUUAAAUAGUCUUGAUUCUUCACAUCUCUCCCUCUCCCUCUUUCUGUCUGUCUCACACUGUGAGUUUACAGACCAAACUUGGAGAAAACGAAGAAGCUUCACACCGUUCAGUUAGUUUGCCUUAAAACUUUGGCAGAGAAGAAGAAAGAAAAAAGUAAAGGUUGGGACUGAGAGGAAAGUUAAAGGAAAGAAGAUAUUUAAGAGAUAAACUGACAGAUGUUGUGCUGCCAGUGAACUUAUUGAAAAAGAACUGGAGUCAUUUCGGGACUGAACGUCUGCGACACCUUGGAAGUGCUGAGAGACAGGAAAAAAUGCGAUCCAGGAGCUGCACUAUGGAGAGUCCAGAUGACGGACACAUCACGCCCGCUAAAAGUUUUAUCAAGCAGGAGGAGGAGAACACAGAGCUGACAAAGAAGAAAAUGAAAGUCCAGCGAGAGGAAAAGGACGGGAGGACAGGAGUGUCAGGGACACAGAGGAAACUUCAGAAACCCGCAGAGAGCAGGAAGGAGCUGUCCAAGAAAGACUUGCUUCAGCUGUUGGGAAUCAUGGAAGGAGAAGUUCAGGCCAGAGAGGACGUCAUCGGGAUGCUGAAGUCAGAGAAAACCAGACCAGGGACGCUAGAGGCUCAUUACGGCUCAGCUGUCCCCACAAAACCCCUGCAGGCCCUGCAGAGAGACAGUCUGCUCACCAACAGCAACAACAGCACCGAAAACGUUUACGAGAGGCCCAUGGCCGAGCUGGACCGUCUGGAGGACAAACAGAAGGAGACGUACAGACGGAUGUUGGAGCAGCUGCUGCUGGCAGAGAAAUGUCACCGCCGCACCGUCAUGGAUCUGGACAACGAGAAACGCAAACACGUCGACUUCAUGAACAAGAGCGACGACUUCACCAACCUGCUGGAGCAGGAGAGGGAGAGACUCAAAAGACUGCUGGAGCAGGAAAAGGCCUACCAGGCUCGUAAAGACAAAGACCACAGCAAGCGGCUGGAGAAGGUCAGAGCAGAGUUGGUGAAGCUCAAGUCCUUUGCCCUGAUGUUGGUGGAUGAGCGGCAGCUGCACAUUGAGCAGAUCGACCAGCAGAGCCAGAAGAUCCAAGACCUCACUCAGAAGCUGCAAGAGAAAGAGCAGCGCCUAGUGGCGGUCAACGACACCGCAAAGGAGGACAGCCAGAAGGUCCUCAAGCUGGAGGCCGAGCUGGAGCACAGAGCGGCCAAGUUCACGCAGGAGCACGAAGAGAUGACCGCCAAACUGACCAACCAAGAGUCCCAAAGCCGCCAGCUCAGACUGAAGCUGGCCGGACUGUCACACAAGAUUGAAGAGCUGGAAGAAAGCAACAAGGCGCUGCAGAAAUCAGAUGAGGACCUGCAGGAGCUGCGGGAAAAGAUCAGCAAAGGGGAGUGCGGGAACUCGUCUCUCAUGGCCGAGCUGGAGAAUCUGAGGAAGAGAGUGCUAGAGAUGGAGGGUAAAGAUGUGGAGAUAACCAAAACAGAGUCUCAGUGCAGGGAGCUCAGGAAGAGGCUACAGGAGGAGGAAAACCACAGUAAGGAGCUGAGGCUGGAGGUGGAAAAACUACAGAAAAGAAUGGCUGAACUGGAAAAACUGGAGGGGGCUUUCAACAGGAGCAAAAUGGAUUGCUCUCAGCUUCAUACUAACCUGGAAAAGGAGAAACGUGUUAUGAAGGAUCUGGCCAGCGAGCUCGAGAUGGUAAAAAUUCGGUUGAAAGAACUAGAGUCCUCAGAGUCAAAGUUUGAAAAGGCAGAGAUGAUCCUUAAAGAUGAUCUUAUGAAGCUGAAGUCCUUCACAGUUAUACUGGUAGACGAAAGAAAAAACAUGGCAGAGAGACUUAAACAGGAAGAACAGAAAAGUGAUGAUUUAAGUAAGAUGUUCAAAGCAGAGCAAGGCAAAGUCACAGAGGUCACAGAGAAGCUGAUAGAGGAGAGCAAAAAACUUCUCAAAUUCAAAUCUGAGAUGGAGGUCAAAGUGACGACUCUUACUAAAGAGAAAGAUGAGUUGAAAACUAAACUUGCAAGUGAGGAGGAAAAGUGUAGGGAGCUGAAUACGAAGUUAUGUGGGAUGAAAAUAAGAGUGGACGGACUAGAAGAGACAGAAAAGAAAAGGGCUAAUAAAGACGAAAACAGAAAUCAAGAUGAGGACAACAAAGUAAAAGAACUCUCGCUAGAAAUCGAAAGACUCAAGAGCAGGCUCAAACAACUCGAGGUGGUCGAAGGGGAUUUAAUGAAAACAGAGGACGAGUAUGAUCUACUGGAGAAGAAGUUCAGGACAGAGCAGGACAAGGCAAACAACCUUUCUAAGCUACUGGAGGAAAUGAAAAGUCAGAUUGCCAGGAACAAAGCAAUAGAAAAAGGCGAAGUCAUGAGUACGGAGGCUGAGCUGAGAAUUCGCUGCAAGAUGGAGGAGGCCAAAACCAGAGAGCUGCGGGUGGACGUCCAGGCCCUGAAGGAGAAAAUCCAUGAGCUGAUGAACAAGGAGGACCGGCUCUCCCAGCUGCAGGUGGAUUACUCUGUCCUCCAGAAGAGGUUCAUGGAGGAGGAGGAGAAGAAGAAGAGCAUGAGUCAAGAAGUGGCCAGCCUUACCAAGGAACUGGAGGCCUCCAAGCGAUACAGUCGUGCCAUGAGGCCGAGUAUGAACGGUAGAAGAAUGAUGGAUGUUCCUGUUACCUCCACAGCAGUACAGACAGAUGUUGUUGCCAGUGAGCCCGCUGAGGAUGACACAGCAGCAGGCUUUAUCCGAAAAUCAGUCCUCGAGGAGAACCACUUAAUGAGCAAUCUGAGACAGCGAGGUCUUAAAAAGCCGACAGUUCUGGAGCGAUACCCUCCAGCAUCGGCAGAACUCGGGGCGAGAAAAUCCUGGAUACCCUGGAUGAAAAAGAAAGAUGCUAUCACACUCACUCAGAUCCCUCCUGAGAAGACAUUGCUCCAUCCACCGGAGAUGACCAUGUCUCCAAAGCCAGGUCAGCCGCUGCACAUCCGCGUGACGCCUGAUCACGAGAACAGCACCGCCACUUUGGAGAUCACCAGCCCUCGAGCUGAGGAUUUCUUCUCCAGCACCACCAUCAUCCCGACUCUCGGCCUUCAGAAACCUCGAAUCACAAUCGUCCCUAAGCCCACAACUGUGACUUCAAAAGCCAAAGCCUGCGAUGUGCCGGGAGGUCUUGAUCGAGCCAAAUCUCCAGUGACGAUAACCACCAUCUCCAGAGCCAAGAGUCCGGAGAAGACUAACGGCAGCGGCUCUGACAGCCCUCAGUCGCCGGUGUCCAUCAUCACAGUCAGCACCACUCCUGUGGCUGAAGCAUGUGCUUCACCUGAGCCUCAUGAAAUUACCACAGGUCGCACAGUGAUCAAGAUGACUCCGGAGAAGCAACUUGGGUCCCCAACUGUCAGAAAAUACAACGGCAACAGCAACAUCAUUACGACAGAAGACAACAAGAUACACAUCCACCUGGGUCCGCAGUUUAAGCGGCCCUCUGAGGGAUGCAGUAGUCCUUUGUUGAUGCUGAGGCCUCUCAGUCUGAGCCCAGAAAGCAAAGAAAUGCCGACGGGAACAGUACUCCGCUCGCCACGCCAACCCUCGUCGGGGAAGACGACUCCGAGCAAAAUGACAAGCAGCAUAACGAUAACACCCAUCACCUCGGCAGCCUCCAGGCCAACACAAUCUGUGCCCAGUUCGGAUGUGCAGUCAGCUCGGAGCGCAGCCACACGGAUCCCUGUGUCAAAAGGUUUGCUGAUGGACAUCAUCUCAAUAAACAGCCGACGCUGAGCUGAGAUCUCUGAUGUCACGAGAAGAAAUCUGAAGGUGUCUGAUGGGAGACUUAAAGCUCCAGGACGAACAGCGAAGCACCUCAUGGAUGCUGAGUCACCACACUGCCCGCCUCACAGCAAUAAUAAUAAUACAGUUCAGUGUGAAGUGAAAGAAUCAUGUCAGGCUACAUUGUGCUGCCUCCCUCUUCAUGUCCAGUUCUAAAUUGUUUCUCAAAUUUUGAGACAUAUCUGAUUCUUAUGUGAAACAAAACAACCCACAUACAGUAUGUGCAUGAACAAACUAAAAGAUCCCCACCAGACAGGCUUUAAAACUGCAUCUGAUGUGGUUUUAAAAGUUCAAUUAUUGCAUCUAAUUAGAAAUUUGUAACCCGUACAUACUGUUGAGGUCAAAUUUGAUCCAUUUUUACAGUUGAGAGCAGUAAAAACACCCUAAACACCUUUUUUUAGCCUGGAAUUUUAUG